GAAAGUUCAGUGCUACUUGUGGACUGAAGAAGACGGAGUGCAUUUUGAUAGUCCUAUACUAGGCCUAUUGGGGUGUCCAUAACCUUGGAUUAGUACUGAUCAGGUUAUGAAUUAUCCUCCUAUCAGUGAUAUGUGCUUGACUGCUUGCUAAUGACUGUCGACGUUUUUUAAAAGAAGAUCAGCAUCAACGGAAGACAGACUUGUAGUAGUAACUCUGAGACCUGGAGUCGUGGACCUUAAAUCAGGAUUAUCUGACCAUUCAACGUUUUCGUGAAGAUGGAUUCGAAGAGCUGCAGUUACAUAAAACCGAGUCACUUAAAACACCAAAGUUAUUCUUCAGGUCAACUUGAAAGUGCUUCUUAUCCUUGAAUUUAAUCUUUGAAAGGGAUAUUUGUAUAACUCAAGGACGCCAUGAAGACCUUUCAAGACGAAUCUGGUUGGCUGAGAGUGGCCUUAUGCUGCGCUGUGCUAAUGACCCAGUGCGGCAUCAGAGACAGCCUGCUGACGGCGCUGCCCAGAAUAGCGGCAGGAAAUUCGACAGAUUGGGAGAGGACCACCACUACAGAAAGCGUCUCUUAUCCAAUGACGAGUUCCACAGAAGCCUCGACGACGACCCGAGAGGCUCUGUAUGUCACGAACAGCUCGAACGGUGGUUUGUUGUCGAGGGGAUACCAGCGAGAGAAUCCUAAAUUCAAAACGGGAGAUAUCUUGAACAGGACCGACGAGAAAAGAAGUCGUGACAGUCGAAACAGAAGCGAAUCGAUUAACACUAGAGGUCUGGGACCCGGGCUGGAAUUCCGUGGCGAAACCCGGCUGGAUUUUCUCAACCCCAGGUCGCUAUUUCGGGCGAAAGUGGGCGGAAGGGAUGGGCGGUUAGCGCAGCGGGCGAACCCUCGCGAAAAAGUGCGCGAGGGGCGUUCCAUCUCCCGCCGAGGGAAGUAUAAUACCCGCCUUUUCCGAAAAAGCCUUGACGUCUGGGAGAGAGGAGACGUUUUUCGAAGACUGCUGGAUAUAAGAACGGGAGACAGGAAGGAGGGAGAGGAUGAGGGAGAAGAUAAAAGAGGAUUCAUGGCUGAUGAUGAGUCUCGUGCUCCGCUUCCCGUCGGCCUACGACAUUCUUUUACGGGAGGUUGGUGCAUCUUGUACGAAGGCUUGGUGCUAAGCUCAGUGUACUGGGGAUGGCUGAUCACAGCUAUAAUGGCUGACUGGGUCAUCAACGCAUUAGGGGCCAAAACUGUGCUGACCUUCUCCAUUAGCGUGGGAGGCCUGAUCGGUCUGCUGACUCACGCCAUGUCCCUAGGAGGUCCUUGGGUGAUGGUGGGCUUCAGGAUCGUCUUCGGGGGGGCGCAGGGCUUCUGCUACCCAGCUGUCAUGAGGUUGCUUCAGGGGAUUCCUGAGUCGUCGAGGAAUACUGCCGGAGCCAUAGUAUUCUUAGGCCCUCCCAUAGGAUCAUGCGUGGGCGCUGGACUGGGAAGCCUUGGUCAGUGGUACGUCUCUACUUACUUGUUGGGGUCACUGACGGUGCCCCUCGUGCCCCUGUGCAUGAUGGUGCCCGGAAACACGGAUCAGGCUGGGAAGAGAAUCGGGACAUUCCAAGUUUAUAGCAGCCCUGGAACGCGAGUUUGCAUUUUGGUCUACAUUGCCAACAUCUUCACCCUCCAGACAGCGUUAAUUGGUCUUCCAUUCUGCCUCACGUAUACAGCUCUGGACAAGCCAUCGACCUCUGGACUGGUGUUAGUGCUCGUGAUUUUGGUCGUGUCAACUGUGGUGAGGGUGGGAGCUGUGAUAUCUACAGUAUUCAGUGGAAAGGGAGGACCACUGACGAUCCUCAACAGAAGACGGAUUUCUGUUGCUGUUGGGAGCAACUUGAUGCUGGUGGCCAUUGCAGUCAUGGCCACAGAGGGUCUCACAGAUUUCGGGACUUUGGUUGGAAUCGCAGUCGGUCUGCUGGCAACCGGAAUGGGGCUUACCAGGAUAUCCUGUAGACUGAAUCUGGAAGAUCUGGGUCCCUGGACGAUGCCACGUCUACUAAGCUACGUAAACAUUAUUGGGGCGUUAAUGUCUAUCUUCCCUCCAAUAUGGGUCGCAGCGUUUACGGACCUCUGGUGGACUAUAUGGCUGUUCCCUGGAAUAUGGAUUGUACUAUCGUCCCUUUUUUACAUGUGUUGUGUGACGGCAAAGUCGCAGCCUUGGGAUGAGCGCCCAGACUUCCGACCACCAUAUGUGUCCAAUGGAGCCGGAUCCCCCAGGGACACCCCUGCCCCAAGAGGGCACGCUGUUAGAAUGAGCUUCAAGAGCGCCCGCUCCGGGCUAAGCUUCAAGAGCGCGAUAUCCUUCCAGACUUUCAAAACGGCAGUCUCCAGACGGAGGUCGAGGUCACUCUCGACCAGGACGAUAGAUGAGGACCUCUCUGUGGACAUGCGCAGCGUCAUUGACGAAGAAGGCGCAGACGUCUACAGCGUAGUGGGAAGCAGCCAAGACUGCAAAAGUGCGGUCUCGACGACGAGCUUCAAGAGCGACGGAGCCGAUAUGCACAGCAUCGACCUGAACAGCCAGGACGUCGAAAGCAGCAACCAGCAGCAUCCUGAACCGGGAACAUCCCCUCAUCCGGAUAUGGCCCAUGGCUCCCCCUCCGACAGGACGUCUGAGUGGCUCAGCCAUCACCACCAGGUCCCUAUGGGAAACGAGGCGCCCCUGCCCCCAGUUCCCACGAGGGCGGAUAUGCGCAGGAGGAACGCUAUAUACGACCUCAUCUGGUGAGGGGGAGUUGGUGGUGGCGCUCGGAAAAUGGUCAAAAUUGGCAAGAGCCUGAGCCUGUUCUGUGUCGCUUGGCACUUCCUGCCCUGUGGAUCAAGUUCCUUGUUUUUCUAACUCAAGAAGUGCCAAAAGUGGAACUAUGAAUUCGUGCACUACACACGAAAGAGGGCCAGAAAAGAUAAGCGUAUUGAGAGCAGAGUGAUGUGAAUGACUGAUAAAUACCCACUGUUACUACCGAGACAUAACACGAAAGACACAAGGCUGGAAACUCAACAUGGAACUUUAAGCUGAGAUUAGAGGCUGUGAAAUGCACUUUGAUGCUACUUAACUUUGUUACUUGCAAGUCAAUCUAUUUCUGUAUCCAAAGACACUUAUUCGCAUUUAAUAGACCAUAGAUUUAAGUGAGUUUGAAGUGCAACAUGUGACGCAUCUUUCCCUUAUGAUGAAGAUCAGCGGCCAUGAUUCUUUUUGAGAGGAAGUUUGUCCUCAAACCAAUGGCUUUCGUUCCAUGAAUUAUUCGUCAGCUGCAAAGGUAUCUUUUCUUUUAGAAUCUUGAUUAAAAUUGUGAAAAUGAGUAAAUGCACUGAAACUAUUUCGUUCAGAAAUAACUUCUUUAAUUACGAUUUUUCUUAUAGACUUUCAUUCCUUUUCGAAUCGUGAAUUCGGGUAAAUUAUCGCUGUGAACGAAAGGGAAAAUCAUGAAGAACAGAAAAUGCCCCCACCCCCCCCCCCCCCCCCCUAGAAAAAAAGGUACUCUAGUGCCCACAUUGAAAAGAUGGACAAGACUACAGAUUACGUUGAUAUUGUGAUACUUGUAUUUUUGUCUGAAGGACAGAACACUGUAGUUCGUCAGUCCUUCAGUUUCCACGAAGCUGUGAUGAUUGAAUAACUGUUCUUUACAGAUGCAGAUGAAUUGAAGAUAAUAAAAAAGAAAGUUUUGUGAUUGUCACUCAAAAUUUCUCCACUGAAAAAAUUAACUGAGGGCAGCUACAGAGAACAAUGAAAAAGUGACUUACUUCAUUUACAGAAAACAAUGACAAACUGAAUGACGUCACCUACAGAGACCAAUGAAAUAUUGACUGACUUCAUUUGCAGAAACCAAUGACACGCUGAAUGACGUCACCUACAAAGACAAAUGAAAAACCGACUGCCAUCAUCUACAGAGACCAAUGAAAAACCGACUGCCAUCAUCUACAGGAGCCAAUGAAAAACCGACUGCCAUCAUCUACAGAGACCAAUGAAAAAUCGACUGCCAUCAUCUACAGGGGCCAAUGAAAAACCGACUGCCAUCAUCUACAGAGACCAAUGAAAUAUUUGUGAUAGCACCUGAAUACAACCAGGCCUACGUGGGUACUUUUGAUCGGUUAAGCGGAUAGCGUUGUGUUAGGAGAAAGGUUCACAGAGUCCUCUCUCUCUCUCUCUCUCUCUCUCUCUCGAUCCACCUAGGAAGAUAUUUUCUGAAUUCAUUCUAUAUUCAUGUUGAAUGGAGGUUAUGUCGUGGAAACACAGAGGUAACAAAAAUACUUAUAUUUUCAGUGUUACAUCUUGAGAUAGCUUUGCAGAAAAGACUUGAAUGUCUAUACGAGACGAUAGGAGAAGAGGAAGGGAUUGUUACAGAUUGGUUUACAAAUCCACAGGCGAGCAAACCUAGCAAAAGAUACAUGUGGACGAAGGAACACUUCAUAUCUAGGCUAAGACACAUCAUCCCAUGAGAGCCAAAGUAGGUUUCCCAUUGAAUUAGGUUGUUGUUGUGUGUUUCUGUUUGUGCUUAGCUAAGGGUCACACGCAUCCUGGGCUGUGGUUUUUGGCAAACUUCCCUGUUUAACCCAUGACCUGAUUACGUGGUGUGUACUGCUUUUAAGGAAUGUUCCCACAUUACUUUUAUCAUGUAAAAAUCAUUAGGCUACCUAUCGACUGACUUCAUUUACAGCAACCAAUGACAAACUGAAUGACGUCAUCUAGAAUUAGACCCACGUUAAUGAGGCAUCAUGAUGAUGAAAUUGGUCAAGUCGUGUUUAUGAUAAAACACUUAAACAGAAGAAAUUCCAGCCAAUUUCUCACUGGGAACUUUGCUACUUUUAAAACACAUUUGUAUAGACCAGAAGUGCAAAUUGUAUUCAACUUCUGGUUCCAAGAGAAGUUUGAUGAUUGAAUUUUUUUCAGUACAAUAGGUUGUUAAUGUCAUUUACUUAUCAUAGACUGGCAAUCUUACAUAGAGUAAAGUAAUAUGUAUGAUUUAAUCGAUUAAAAUUCCUUCAUUUCG